AUGAGGGGUCUCAUGACGGAGCGCGUAUUUCCAACAGGUGUAUGGUUCACGUCUCAAGGCAAGUCGGGAUUUGUAAGGAGAAACGGUGGUGGUGCUAAGUUGAUAUGGAGGAGGGGCAGGUCGUGGGACUACUUGUGCUUGAGAAUUACUGCUUCGCAGGAGGAUAGUUCUUCGUUUGUGAGCACGGUACCAGACGAAGACGAUGGCGUCACUUUGAGCAUAGAGAAAGUGGCCAAGAACAAGCGUAGGAUAAGUGCAUCGAUUUCUAUGGGCUGCAUACCACUAGAGACAGUCUGGGGCGUGUUAACUGACUACGAGGGGCUAGCGGACUUUAUUCCUGGCUUGGCUUCCAGCAAGGUUUUGGAAAGAAGAGAAAAUGGAGCUCAGCUUCUGCAGAUUGGUGAGCAGGAGUUGGCGUUGGGUGUGAAAUUCCGGGCCAAAGGAGUGAUAGAAGUGACUGAAUUGCCACUGGAACUCUUGGACAAUGGCUGCCGAAGAGAUAUUGGGUUUGAUAUGGUAGAAGGCGACUUUAAUCUGUUUCGUGGGAUCUGGCGCAUCGAACAGAUACUCCAUGGCGUUGAAGAUGCGACGACUCAAACUUCCCUCACUUAUAUCUUGGAGGUGCAACCAAAGAUAUGGAUUCCAGUAGCUCUACUCGAGGGAAGGUUGCAGAAAGAGGUGAGCAACAAUCUGAUCUGCGUGAGAGACAGGGCGUUGCUGAUCUUGUGA